AUGGUAGCGAUCCUGCAGUCUGGAAAGCUGCGGAUAUCUGCAAUUCCUGAUACCCAGGAGUCUGGCAUGCUCUUCGGUCUUCGCAAGUGGUUUAUGUUUGAUGGUUUUUCAGAUGUUGGAAAAUGGUUGAGAAUCAGCAUCUUAAUUUCGUAUUUCUCUUUUUUUUUUUUUUUCCUUACAGUACUGUGUGCAAAAAACUUGGUGAAAAAGGAUUUUUUCCGACUUCCUGAUCCAUUUGCUAAGGUUGUGGUGGAUGGAUCUGGCCAGUGCCAUUCUACAGAUACUGUGAAGAAUACACUUGACCCAAAAUGGAAUCAGCAUUAUGACCUAUACAUCGGGAAGUCGGAUUCCAUAACGAUCAGCGUGUGGAACCACAAGAAGAUUCAUAAAAAGCAGGGAGCUGGAUUUCUGGGCUGUGUGAGGCUUCUUUCCAAUGCAAUCAACCGCCUUAAAGACACUGGUUAUCAGAGAUUGGAUCUGUGCAAGCUUGGGCCAAAUGACAAUGAUACUGUUAGAGGACAGAUAGUGGUAAGUCUUCAGUCCAGAGACCGAAUAGGCACAGGAGGACAAGUUGUGGAUUGCAGUCGGUUGUUUGAUAAUGAUUUACCAGAUGGGUGGGAGGAGCGGAGGACUGCUUCUGGAAGGAUCCAAUAUUUAAAUCACAUCACACGGACAACUCAGUGGGAGCGACCGACACGGCCAGCAUCUGAAUACUCCAGCCCAGGUAGACCACUGAGCUGCUUCGUGGACGAGAACACUCCGAUUACAGGGACGAACGGAGCGACCUGCGGGCAGUCCUCAGAUCCCCGGCUGGCCGAGAGGAGAGUCAGGUCACAGAGGCACAGGAACUACAUGAGCAGGACACACUUGCACACUCCUCCUGAUUUACCUGAAGGAUAUGAGCAAAGGACGACUCAGCAGGGACAGGUCUAUUUUCUGCACACUCAGACUGGCGUUAGCACGUGGCACGAUCCAAGAGUACCUAGGGAUCUUAGCAACAUCAAUUGUGAAGAGCUUGGUCCACUGCCUCCUGGAUGGGAGAUCCGCAAUACAGCAACAGGCAGAGUUUAUUUUGUUGACCAUAACAACAGGACGACGCAGUUUACAGACCCACGGCUAUCUGCUAACUUGCAUUUAGUCUUAAACCGCCAGAAUCAACUGAAAGAUCAGCAGCACCAGCAGCAGCAGCAGGUAGUGUCCCUGUGUCAGCUCCCAGAUGAGGCAGAGUGUCUGACUGUGCCAAGGUACAAGCGAGACCUCGUGCAAAAGCUGAAGAUCCUGAGGCAAGAGCUGUCACAGCAGCAACCUCAAGCUGGCCAUUGUCGUAUUGAAGUUUCCAGGGAAGAGAUUUUUGAGGAAUCCUACAGGCAAGUCAUGAAGAUGAGGCCAAAAGACCUGUGGAAACGAUUGAUGAUAAAAUUCCGAGGGGAAGAAGGCCUGGAUUACGGAGGUGUUGCCAGGGAGUGGCUCUACCUGUUGUCACACGAGAUGCUGAAUCCAUAUUAUGGUCUCUUCCAAUAUUCCCGAGACGAUAUCUACACGCUGCAAAUCAACCCAGACUCUUCGGUCAACCCGGAACACUUAUCUUAUUUCCAUUUUGUUGGCCGGAUAAUGGGGAUGGCUGUGUUCCAUGGACACUACAUUGAUGGGGGCUUCACCUUGCCUUUCUACAAGCAGUUGCUGGGGAAGCCAAUUACUUUGGAUGACAUGGAAUUGGUUGACCCUGAUCUCCACAACAGCUUGGUCUGGAUACUUGAGAACGAUAUCACAGGAGUCUUGGACCACACGUUCUGUGUGGAGCACAAUGCAUAUGGGGAGAUAAUUCAACAUGAGCUGAAACCCAAUGGCAAAAGCAUCCCUGUAACAGAGGAAAACAAGAAGGAAUAUGUCAGGCUUUACGUCAACUGGCGGUUUUUACGAGGAAUCGAAGCACAGUUUCUGGCUCUCCAGAAGGGAUUUAAUGAAGUAAUCCCACAACAUCUGCUGAAGACAUUUGAUGAGAAGGAGUUAGAGCUCAUCAUUUGUGGACUGGGAAAAAUUGAUGUUAAUGACUGGAAGGCAAAUACUAGGUUAAAACACUGUACCCCAGACAGCAACAUCGUGAAAUGGUUCUGGAAGGCUGUGGAACUUUUCGAUGAGGAGAGGAGAGCUCGGCUGCUCCAGUUUGUAACAGGCUCCUCCAGGGUGCCUCUGCAGGGAUUCAAGGCCUUACAAGGUGCUGCAGGUCCACGACUAUUUACAAUACACCAGAUUGAUGCCAGCACUAAUAACUUGCCGAAAGCCCAUACCUGCUUUAACCGCAUCGACAUUCCCCCCUACGAGAGCUACGAGAAGCUGUACGAGAAGCUGCUAACUGCCAUCGAGGAGACGUGUGGCUUUGCUGUGGAAUGA